AUGAAUAUUGCUAAGGUACUACUCACUAUUUCUGCAGUGCUCGUUUUUGCCCGAGCUUUUGAGGCUGAGGUGGAAACCAAGGUAAUAUAUGACAGAUGGAGAAACCGUAUCGAACAGGAACAUCCCGAGUGCGCGAAGACGUGGCCCAUAACUGACGACGAGAGGGAAGGGUACUUCCGCCAUGGCGAAGUGGCGGAUACCCCUACUUUCAAGUGUUACGUUCAUUGCGUUUUCAAGAGCUUUAAUCUUGUCAACGAGGACGAAAGCGUUAACAGGGAUGAGAUCUAUAAGAUGUUUGAGAGGAUGACCUAUCAGAUGGUGGACUUUUGUGGUGGUAGGGUUCUCGAGAAGACCCACAAUUGCGAGAAGACCUUCGAGCUUGUCAAUUGCCUAUUGCAUUACGAAAAGGUCUACACUCUUUAGCUGUGGUGCACAAGUAGAGUGAAUAAUAAUCCAAAAAUAGUGUCAAAAUCAAAAAUGUUACUGGUGGAUGUAGGGUGACUUAAAGCAGCGAUCUAAAAAUAAACGUGAAACCGCACCCACAGACGGUUCGAUAUUAAUCAAAUUAGAUCUUAAGUCCUAAUGUUUGUUCAGAGCCCCAGUGACAUGUAAUUGGAAUUUUAAUUCUGUAUGGUGUCUGGUUAAACAAAUAAAUAUGGCUUCAAUGCUUUAAGUCAAAUAAAUCCACAUUCAAAUUUUCAAAUUCCAAUAUCUGUUGGCACUCUGUAUUCACGGGUCCUAAAUGUAAAUAUAUUUACAAAUCGGGUU